CCCCCCCUGUUGCCUUCCCGCCUCCCGCGGCCGCGUUGCUAAGGCAACGCGAGGGUCGGAGGGGCCGCCGCCGCCGCCGCCAUGCUGAAGGCCAAGGUGCUGCUGGUGGGGCCCCGCGAGUCUGGAAAGUCGGUGUUGGCAAACUUCAUUUCGGAGAACACAGAAGGGAUCGGCAGCUACAGCCCGACGCAGGCUCUGAGGAUCCUGGAGUACGAGACGCCAAACUUGAACACUAACACCAAGGGAGCUGGGUGUCGGUUUGAGUUGUGGGAUUGCAGUGGUGAUCAAAAGUUUGAAACAUGCUGGCCAGCUCUGAUGAAGGACUCUCAUGGGGUAAUAAUAAUCUUCAACCCUGAGCUGCCCAGUCACCUGAAAGAAAUUGAAAUGUGGUACUCCUGUUUCGUGCAGCAGCAGUCACUGCUUGACAGUCAGUGUCUCCUAGUUGCACAUCACAAGCCAGGCAGUGGGGGUGACACAGAAGAUCUGUCCUUGGCUUACCCACUGAACAGGCUAAAACUGAUACACUCCAACUUGGAAGAAGAUCCUGAAGAUGUUCGGAUGGAAUUUAUGAAAUACUUCAAAAGCAUUAUCACCUUGAUAAAUGAGAGCAGAGAGAGGGAAGAAAUGUCAAUUAUCUCGUAACAUUAAAAGAAAUACUGAACAAGGAAGAAAAAGGAUUAUUUUGUCUUUGUAAGGUACACUAGCCUGGGAACAGGUCCUCACAAAGGGAAUUUGCCAGCCUAUAAACACUUCAACCCAUACACAAGUGCUGACAUCAGAUGAACUGUUGUGCCAGAGAUGACUGCACAUCCAGGAGUCUGGGUAACUAUCUGCACUUUGGUUUCAUCUGGCAACAGGUACAGGAAGGUGUUGUUUAAUAUGUUAGUGUGGACCAAAAGAUAAAUGUAUGGGUUAUCUCUUCACUUCAGAAUCCCUUUUUGUAGAGGUGCUAAGAGAACAAAACCUGACAGAACAGAAGAUCGGUGGAGUUCUGUUGAAGCACCUGAGUAAAGUGCUCAUGUUAGCUGUGUUCCUGGAGAAGGCAUGCUUUUGAAAGUCAGUACAAACUGACUGGAAUAGAGAUCUGAGAAGUAGUCAUGGUAUGGAAUCCACAGUUUUAUGUUCCAAGUUCUCCUUAUCUUUCUGUCUAGCAUCUGCAGAGAGAACGUUGCAUAGUUAUUGCCUUGGGAAGGCAGAGUGGGUUUCAGUCUUUCUGAGGACUAGGUUUUUCUUCUAUUCCAACAAAAUGUGUGAUUGGGGGCAAUGUUUAGGUGUCUCUGGGAGGAAAAGAAUUGCAAUUUCAGUGUAGUGCAAUGCUUUGACCUAUGUCAGGAGCUCCAAUAGAGAAAAAGUUCUACAUUCUCAGAGAAGGAAAAGCUGUCCCUGUUGCACUGAAGUAAGUGGUUUCAUAGCUAAUUUACUUUCUGCUGUGUUUGGUUUGCACUCAUCCCUGUUCUUGGUAUGUUUUGCUGUAGAAGACAUUUUUUCUUGUAACAUGGUAUCAAGGCAAUAAAAACAUUUAAAAAAUGC